CGAUUGGAACAUCGAUAACGGUUCGAGUCAAUUGGUGCCUGAAGUUCAUAGAUGUAAUUGUACAGUGUGUGAUUGUCUGUGACUGUGUGAAACAUAAACAAACUAGUAUUGGUGUCUGUUGUCGCGUUUGUGUUUUAAAGUUUCCUUUCCUCAUGCCUGUGGAAACGGUAACGAAGAAGAAAAUGGCCAGAAACCGACGCGCAAGUAAUAACGCGAAGAGUGACUCAGACUCCGGGGCAUCGGACAAAGAAAACAAGAAAGAAAGAGGCCGUGAUAAAAAGAAGAAAGCUCCAUCUUCGUCCAGUGGAAGUGGCAGUAGUAGCCGCAGUUCCUCAGAAAGCAGUUCAAGAUCAUCAAGUGCAUCAAGUUCAUCUCGCAGUUCUAGCUCAGCCUCCAGCUCACGUUCUAGUACAUCUUCCAGCAGCAGUGGAAGUUCCAGCUCAAGCUCAGAAGCUCGUCCUAAAGUGAAAGCCAGGCCACAGCCAGAGAGACGCACUCGCAGCCAUAGUGCAGAACAAAAGAAAGUGAAAGAGAAAGAAAAAGAGAAAGAGAAAAAAGAAGAAGAAAGGAAAAAGAAGCCAGAGAAACCGCGACCCAAAGCUCGAUCAAGGACUCCUACUCCAAGACGGAAGCGCAAGGAACAUUCGCCUACACCACGUCCCACAAAAAUUCACAUUGGUCGUUUGACUCGUAAUGUGACUCGUGAUCACAUAGUAGAAAUUUUUUCAACAUAUGGAAAUGUAAAAAGUGUUGAAUUUCCUGUAGACAGGCUGCACCCAAAUACAGGGAGAGGCUUUGCAUACAUUGAGUUUGAAACUCCAAAUGAAGCUGAAAAUGCAAUGAAACAUAUGGAUGGAGGCCAAAUCGACGGACAGGAAAUCACUGCUGCCCCUGUGCUUCAGCCGAAGCCCAGACCUCCACCACCAAGGCGUAGCCCACCUCCUCCCAUCAGGAGACCUGCACCUCGCUGGAGAUCACCUCCAAGGUAUCGACGACAUACACCACCACCUCCGCGACGGCGAACACCUCCGCCCCGCAGACGUCCGAGAUCACGCUCACGUAGCCCAGCACGUCGUCGCAGAUACAGCCGCUCCAGUUCAAGCAGCUCACGUUAGAUACUUCUUUAACUAAAGUUCUCUCUUAUAACUGUUUCAGAUAUUUGACUUUCACUGAUAUGUAAACUGCACAUUGGCAGUUGCAGAAUAAAAAUGAAUUGUUUUGUUAAAUAAAACAAUCCAAAAUCAAGAA